AUGUCCAAGAUUCAUCUCAAGCGCAACGCGCCCGUCGCUCAGCUCUACGAAGACGCGAUCCGCAACGAGGGUGCCGUUCUCUCCUCGACCGGUGCCCUCAUCAACUUUUCAGGCAAAAAGACGGGCCGUAGUCCCAAGGACAAGCGUAUCGUCUACGAGGAAACGUCCAAGGAUGACAUUUGGUGGGGCCCAGUCAACAUCAAGAUGGACGGGCACACGUUUGAGAUUAACCGUGAGCGUGCCAUCGACUAUCUCAAUACACGCGACCUCGUCUACGUCUUUGACGGCUUUGCUGGGUGGGAUCCCAAAUACCGCAUCAAAGUCCGAGUCAUCUGCGCCCGUGCUUAUCAUGCCCUCUUCAUGAACAACAUGCUCAUCCGCCCGACCGAAGAGGAGCUCAAGGACUUUGGCGAGCCCGAUUUCAUCAUUUACAACGCUGGUCAAUUCCCAGCCAAUCGUUUCACGACGGGUAUGACCUCGACGACCUCUGUCGAGAUCAACUUUAAGCGCAUGGAAAUGGUCAUCCUCGGUACCGAAUACGCUGGCGAAAUGAAAAAGGGCGUCUUCUCCGUCAUGCACUACCUCAUGCCCGUCAAAUUUGGCCAACUGUCCUUGCACUCGUCGGCCAAUGUCGGCAUGGAAAACGGCGACGUCACCCUCUUCUUCGGUCUCUCCGGCACCGGCAAGACGACGCUCUCUGCAGACCCAGCACGUCAGCUCAUUGGCGACGACGAGCAUGUGUGGUCCGACGAGGGUGUGUUUAACAUUGAGGGUGGCUGCUACGCCAAGACGAUCAACCUCUCUGCGGAAAAGGAGCCCGAAAUCUUUAACGCCAUUCGCUUUGGCUCGAUUCUCGAAAACGUCGUGUUCGAUAUCAAUAGCCGCAAGGCCGACUAUGACGACGUGUCCAUUACGGAGAAUACGCGCUGUGCGUAUCCUAUCGACUUUAUCCCGAAUGCGCGUAUCCCUUGCGCAGUCAAUUCGCAGCCCAAGAAUAUCAUCAUGCUCACGUGUGAUGCCUAUGGUGUCCUCCCGCCUGUCAGCAAACUCUCGCCUGAGCAGGCGAGCUACCACUUCCUUGCUGGUUACACCUCGAAGACACCUGGAACCGAAGACGGUGUGCUAGAGCCCGUCCCAACGUUCUCCACCUGCUAUAGUGCUCCGUUCAUCGUCCUCCACCCAUCCCGCUACGCUGAAAUGCUCGCCGAUCGCAUGGAAGCCACCAAUGCCAGCUGCUGGCUCGUCAACACGGGCUGGACAGGCGGCAAAUACGGCACAGGUCGCCGGUGCCCACUCAAAUACACACGCCGAAUCGUCGACGCGAUUCACUCUGGUGAACUCUUGAAUGCCGAGUAUGAAAACUUUGACGUGUUCAACUUGACGAUCCCGACGCACAUUGAAGGUGUGCCUCGCGAGAUUUUGAACCCGAGUUUGGCUUGGCAAGAUAAGAAUGCGUUUACGCGCGAGGUACGCAAGUUGGGUGCCAUGUUCACAAAGGCGUUUGCGCUCUAUAUGAAGGAUGUGAGCGAAAAGGUUCGUGCGGCGGGACCUCAGCUAUGA